AUGAAGUCAAUCAAUAUUGUAUCAUUAUUGCUUGUUAUUUGUGUUUUCUCUACUGAAGGUUUACUUACACAAAAAAAGGAUGGUACAUCUGAAAAAACUAAAGCACCUAAGAAGGAGAAAUGUAUGAUUGUUAAAGGCAAAGGUAAAAAUCUUGUUGGCGAUAUUAUUUAUAUACACAAAGAUUUUGUUCCAACAUUAAAAACCAUUGAUAAUAUUGCUAAACAAUGCGAGAUUAAAUUAGCUAUCAAAGGAUCUUAUGAAUCAGUAAAAGAUCCAUCAAAAGCAUCAAGCUUUACUGCAGCUAAUGCUGGCAAGCAACUUACAUUUAUUAUUAUGGAUAAAACUGGAAAAAAAAUAGUUUGUAAUCAUAUGUGUCUUACUAAAGAAGGUGAAAAAAUUCCGCAAGUCAAAUGUCUUGCUACAAAUCUACGUAAAGAGAAUUUAAUUUAUGCACCUCGUGGCGAAGCGGGUAAACUUAAUGAUGGAUCUGAUACAAAAGUUGGUUUUACUGAUACUGCUCGAAGUAUUCAAGAAGCAUGUAAAGGUGCCAAACUUUAA